AUGGAGAUAAGGGCAUUUUUGAUUGCUGUGCUGGUGGUUCUUCUGAUUCUGCACUUCCUGAAACAACUCUGGUCACGCAGGCAAUAUCCUCCAGGACCUUUUCUGCUUCCUGUCAUUGGAAGUUUGUGGAAAUCGGAGGCGAAGUUUUGUGAAGAUACUUUCAUUAAGAUGGCAAAGCAAUAUGGAAACGUUUACACCGUGUGGACGGGACAUAUACCCUUUGUAGUCCUGUCUGGAUUCCAGGCAGUGAAAGAAGCUCUCAUUGACCACUCUGAACAAUUUGAUGAGCGACCAGUGUUGUCUUUCUUUAACACAAAAGGAAAGGGUAUUAUAUUAUCAAAUGGUGAGGUCUGGAAGCAACAGAGACGGCUUGGAGUGGUUACUAUGCGGAAGCUGGGACUGGGGAAGAAAGGCAUGGAGCACCAAAUAGCAGAGGAGGCCCGUCAGCUUGUGGAGGUCAUUGCAAGUUCAAAGGGACAACCACUUGACCCCUCCUUGCCCAUCACUAAUUCAGUCUCCAACGUGAUAUGUGCUGUGGCUUUUGGGUAUCGGUUUGCUCUUGAAGAUGAAAAGUUCCGGAAGCUGAUAGAAGCCAUGGAUUUUGUCCUAAAAUUUCAAGGCAGCAUCCAGCAUUCUUUGUAUGAAAUAUUCCCAUGGUUCAUGAAACAUCUCCCAGGGCCCCACAAGAAGGCCUUGUCCUGCAUGGAGAUGGUAGUGUCAUUUGCAAAGGAGGAGAUAGGGAAGCAUAAGGAGAAUCUGGCUCUGCAUGAACCACAGGAUUUCAUUGAUUUCUAUCUACUUGAGAUGGAAAAAAACAGGAAUGACCCAGAGUCUAACUAUGAUGAAGAAAACAUGGCUCAGUGUAUCUUUGACCUCUUUGUAGCAGGGUCAGACACAACCACCGUUUCUCUGAAAUGGGCGCUUCUCCUCCUGGCAAGUCAUCCAGAUAUCCAAGAUAAAGCCUACAAGGAGAUAGAAGAUGUCAUAGGUUCUGCUCACUCAAUCAGCUAUCAAGAUAAGAAGAAAUUGCCCUACAUCAAUGCUGUGAUUCAUGAAACACAGCGCUUUAAAUAUGCCUUACUUUUUGGGGUUGUCAGGCAAUGUACAGAGGAUGUGAAGAUUUGUGGUUUCCUCAUUCCCAAGGUAUAGAAGCAUGAUACAACUGCACUCCUGUAUCCCAAGAACAAACAGAAUCACUGGGCUGCAGCGUACUGAGUGUUGCAGGCAGCCAUUCAGGAGCUUGUGUUGUCUAAAACCCGAAGAGCGAGAAAAACACACAAGAGCAGGAGUUCCAUCUGCUGACUUGUUUCACCAUCAGCUAGUGCUAUUUUUUUUUGUCAGGAGUAUAGUGUCAACAGUGUGAUGCAGCAUCAAAAGAAAAAAAGAAAAAAGCUAAUGCUAUACAAGGCUGCAUCAACAGAAGUAUAGUGUCCAGAGCAAGGGAAGUAAUAGUACUGCUCUAUUCUACUUUGGUCACACCACACGUGGAGUCCUGUGUCCAGUUCUAGGUACCACAGUUUAAGAAGGAUAUUGACAAGCUGGAACGUGUGCAGAGGAGGGUGUGCAAGAGUAUAAAGGGUAUGGAAAUUAAGCUUUAUGAGGAAUGAUUGAGGAAGCUAGUUAUGCUAAAGCCUGGGAGAAAGGAAACUGAGAGGAGAUAUGAUAGUCAUCUUCAACUAUCUGAAGGACUAUCACAUGGAAAAUAGAAAAAGCAUGUUUUCUCCUGCUCUAGGGGGCAGGACCUAAACCAAUGGCUUCAAGUUCUGACAGAGCUGUUGUGGACUU